AUGCCGCUGGUCCGUCAUCAACUCAAAUCAAUUCUGCAAAGUAAGCUUCUUGCCUACCUCAACCCCUCACACUCUUCACCAACACUCCCAACCCAUCAAGUCUCCCUCUUCCCCUCAGACUAUCCACCCUUCGCCGCCCCCAAUCCCAGCGACCGCAAACCAGACGGCACGGCUUGGACCGCGAAUGACGUGCUAAGCCACGGCGGUUCCUGCGUCAUUGGACCGCUGGGAACGUUUCUCGCUGAGCCAGUGUGGGGUAAUGAGGAGAUUGUGUAUGCGGAGUUGAGGAUGGGUGAGCUGACGGAGGCGAAGAUGGAUUUCAGUUUUGAUCCGGUGGGGAGUUAUUUGAGACCUGGUGUCUUGUAUGUUCCUGUGGAGGUCUUAUACUAG